UCUAGACGAAGAAGAAGACAAAAAGCAGAGAGAGAUACAGAGAGAGAGAAAGCGUAACAGAAAAGCAUUUCUCUACUUUCUUUCCGUUCCGUACAAAUGGCGCCGCGGAAGAGUGAUGGAGAAGGGAAGGCGAAACCUACCACGACGGUGACUACGCCGACGAGGCAGACUCGAAGCAUGGCUCGGAAGACUCGGAGCCAAACUCAGGGAAACUCGUCCGGCGGUUCGUCGUCGUCCUCCAAGCUCAUGACCUUCGAGUCUCCCGAGAAGAGGAAGAGAAAGGCGAAAUCCAAGGAAGAUGGACCGGCGAGUAAGAAGAUCAAGCUUGAAAAGGAGGACGACAAAGAGCCAGCUGUCGCAGAGGCCAAGAAGCCGGAGGAAGAUGACGACGACGACGAAGACGUCGCUGCAGAAGAAGAAAAAGGAGACGACGACGUCGCUGCAGAAGAAGAAAAAGGAGACGGCGACGACGACGACUCUGAGCACAAGAGGAUUGUAAUCGAGCACUGCAAACAAUGCAAAUCUUUCAAGGAGAGGGCUAACGAGGUGAAGGAUGGUCUCGAGAAAGCUGUUCCUGGCAUCAUUGUGACUCUGAAUGCUGAUAAGCCAAGGCGUGGUUGCUUUGAGAUUCGUGAGGAAGGUGGCGAAACGUUUGUCAGUCUCUUGGAUUUGAAGCGCCCAUUUAAGGAGAUGAAGGAUCUUGAUAUGGAACAGGUCGUUGCAGACAUCGUGGAGAAGCUUAAGUGACAGACUGCAGCUACAUAGUUUCUACCAAUGCCGAAUCUUUUGUAUCUUUCUUCGGUCGUCGGCAUUAUCAAAUAGACUAUUCAUCAGUAUGAGAAACUGCAGGAUUCUUUAGGAUUUCUUUUGAUACUUUGUUGCAAACCCUUUAAGCUCGGUUUCAUCAUUUUGCAGUGCUUGAUCGGUUCUGUGCAAUUUCUUUAUGCUAAAACUUUCUGAUAUUGGUUGAUUUGAAAUGAUCCCAUGAAGCAAUUUGUUGCACGUUUUGUUGA